GGGACUGCGCAUGCUCAACCGAUCGCUGAUUUACCAGUAGAUAGCUGAAUGAAAAGAGAGUGAGUGUGCUUUGAAAGGUCAUUUUCCGUUUGGCGCGGUAGCACACAAGUACUGACUACCUUCUGUGCCGAAAACUUACCAAAGAAAAUUUCGGAAUUGAACUUUGUGAACCAACUUUUCGCUGAUUUCUGUUGGAUAGAACAACACAACCUGACUGCUGAUUCGAAAACCAGUAAAGGAACGAAGAGAGAGGAUGAAAGCGAUAGCGUACGCUUUGCUCGUCGCUGUGUAUAUUUUGCAAGCCAGGUGCGAAGAGCAAUGUUCGUUACCUGCUGAUUGCUUCACGAAAUGGGAGGAAGUGUGCGGAGAAUUGUUCCCCAGCAGCUUGUGCAAUGUGAUGUGCCCUAAGGGAUGCAAUCUGGGAGAAAGAAUCCGGGGUACGGGGACCUACACUGGCGACUCCGCCAUCUGCCGAGCCUAUGUACACGCCACAGGCACUGAUGGCGGUUUUGUCGCUGCUAUGGGUACGGAGGACAAACGUUUUUUCAUUGGAAGCUCACUGAACGGGAUCAGAUCAGAAUCCACCGGAGCCAGAUCGACGUCCUUUGCCUUUCUGGAGGAAGAGAAUGAAUGCGGUGGCUGUCAACUUGGAGAAAUCUGCACCGACGUUGGGGAGGGCAAAAAGGCGUGUGUACUUCCGCUUGACUGCAAUGCGAAUUGGGACAACUCUUGUGAGGAUUACAACAGGAACGGAACAUGCCUUGUGAUGUGUCCAGCCGGGUGUACGAGAGGUAGUUCGGUGUGGGGGACUGAUAUAUACCGCACUGCAUCUUCUAUUUGCCGUGCAGCCGUUCACUCCAAUGCCGAUCUCGCCAAGGGUGGAAUCGUCACCGUCGUCGCUCAGGGAGAACAGGCUUCACUAGCUGGAACACACAGGAACGGUGUUGGUACUAUGGGUCAUUACGGUGACAUAGAUCAAAGCUUCAGCAUCGCGCGUUCUUCUGAGGCAUGCGGAGGAUGUGAGGCGUUCGAGACCUGUCAGGAUCUUGGUGACGGUCAGUUUGGCUGUGUCCUGUCCUUGGACUGCAGACAGACGUGGGAGGACAGCUGUAAAGUACGCUACGGUCAGGAAAAAUGCAGAGUAUUAUGCCCUGAGGGUUGUAAAAACGGAGGAGGAAUUUAUGGCUCUGAUAUCUACACAAGCAACUCGGCAGUUUGUCGUGCUGCGGCGCACGCCAUUCCAGACAUGAAAAAUGGCGGCGUUGUCAAUGUACUCAGUCAAGGACAACAACAAGGCUUCGCCGGCACCGUCAGGAACGAAAUUGGUUCAGGAGCGUAUUACAAGCCGAAACCGGAGACCUUCAGUUUCGUGGAGACCACCAGCGCAUGCGCAACUGCAGGCACACCCUGUGGCCCUGAACAAACCUGCCAAGAUGUCGGUGACGGAAAACUGGGCUGUGUGUUGCAGCUGGACUGCAGAAUAUACUGGGGCAUAACGUGUAAAUCUCACUAUGGCGACGGUCCCUGCAGAGUCAUUUGCCCUUCCGGAUGUAAAAGCGGAGGAGGUGUAUGGGGAACUGACAUUUAUAGCAAUGUGUCCGCCGUGUGUCGUGCUGCUGUCCAUGCAGUACCUGAUCUCAAUGAAGGAGGCGUGGUAACAGCACUUCCUCAGGGAGAACAGGUGCACUUUGCCUCCACUGUCAGAAAUGAAGUGACCACAGGAAGGAUGUUCAAGCGUUGGCCAGAAACUUUCAGCUUCGCGGAAGCCACCAGCGCUUGCAAGGAGGCCGGACUCAAUUGCGAACCUCACCAAACCUGUCACGUACACGAGGAUGGGAAAAAGAGCUGUGUCAUGGCCGUCGACUGCUACUCCCGUUGGUCGGACACUUGCAAAUUUCAGCAUGGAGAGGAUAACUGCAGAGUUCAGUGUCCAGCUGGGUGUGUCAAAGGAGGCUCGGUCCACGGAAGUGACGUCUACACCAAUACCUCGGCAGUGUGUAGAGCAGCUGUCCAUGCGAUCUCAGGAAUGAAAUCUGGGGGCCUUGUCACGGCAACGGCUCAAGGAGGACGGCUCACUUUCCCUGGCUCUGUUAGAAACGACGUCAGUUCCGGAAACUUCCACAGAAAAUGGGAUGAAUCCUUCGCUUUCGUGGAGACAACUAGCGCUUGCGCAGCUGCCGGCUUGACAUGCGCCCCUCACGAGACGUGUGUUGAAAUGGGAGAGAAAGAACCUCCAGUGUGCGCCAUGCAGUUAGAUUGUUGGGUGAAAUGGGCUGAUACCUGCAAACAUCUUUACGGCGAUAAACCUUGCCCGUAAGAUGUUCUUUUGAUUUCAGAGCAUAUUUUAAAUUUU